UUAUGUCCUCAGGUGUCGAUGACGUAAACGUUCUCCUGUGUUUGGCGGGGCAUACUUGAUCCUUGCCCGAUACUCGCCAUUUCAAGGCCAAGCUUUACAUGGAGAUCCCCCCUUCUCCACAUUCAGACAUGACUGGACAGGACCCAAGAGUGAGGCAACGCUCUUUUGCGUUGCUUGAAACAGUUCGUUAUCAGCUAUCCUUACCGAGGCACACCCCAAACGCUCAGAGACUCUUUGACGAUGGCACAUAUUUAGAUUUGACGAUUGUGUGCGGCGAUGAUCAUCACAUAAUGCAUAAAGCCAUCGUUUGCCCACGCUCGGAAUUCUUCGCCAGCGCCUGCAAUGGCCCGUUCCAGGAGGGCGAGUCUGGCAUUAUCCUGCGUUCCCGUCGCAACCAGCCUCUACGCUGCUCAGCGAGAUCUGAAAUCGGCUGUGGCUAUACAGGAGCAAUCUAUAUCAUAGACUUGAUAUGGUUAGCAAUGAACUAUAAACAAUUGCAUAGCACAUUUGCCUGUUUAUCCUUUGGUGUUGAGCCAUUGAAUACCUCGCCAUUUUUGUUUAUUCAGGCAUGCAUGUCACGCCUCCACCAGGGCUGAGCGGCUACCCGGAGCAGACACGCUAAAAUUAGUGAAUCAACCGCUAAAUUUAUCAGAGGUGCCUGAUGGGUCAGCCGAAGACAGCGCAC